CACGGAAAACCCGUCUGAGAUACGAUCAAGUAUUCAAGUCUGUGCUACGAUUUGCUUCGCAACUACGCGGUGGGCUGCACUUCCUUCACCUCCUUAAACCCUACAAACAAAACUUCGCGAGGGUGCUGUUCGGCUUUACCGAUUGAAAUGUUCAAAAAGUUUACUUCAGAAGAGGUAUCUGGGCAAAAUCAAGUCAAAGCUUCAGUGCAAAGAAGAAUUCGACAAAGUAUUGCAGAUGAGUACCCAGGAUUAGAACUAGUUAUGGAUGAUCUGCUUCCAAAGAAGUCCCCUCUGAUUGUUGCUAAAUGUCAAAACCAUCUGAAUCUGGUUGUGGUGAACAACGUCCCACUUUUUUUCAACAUACGUGAUGGGCCAUAUAUGCCUACACUACGUCUCCUCCAUCAAUAUCCAACUAUAAUGAAGAAACUACAAGUAGACAGGGGGGCAAUAAAAUAUGUUCUUGCUGGUGCUAAUAUUAUGUGUCCUGGUCUUACAUCUCCUGGAGGUAUCUUGGAUGAGGAAGUGGGUGCAGAAACUCCUGUGGCUAUAAUGGCUGAAGGAAAAGAACAUGCGCUUGCUAUUGGAUUUACGAAAAUGUCAGCAAAAGAUAUAAAGGCAAUUAACAAGGGGAUUGGUGUGGAUAACAUGCAUUACCUUAAUGAUGGCCUCUGGAAGAUGCAACGUCUAGAUUGAGCAUAUGAAUUGAUACAGUUUUUGCAACAUCAAGACAAACUACAUCACUUAUCUCAUGUCCUUUGAUAUCUUUUUCUUUUUUUUUCGUGUAAUUUUUAAUCAUCUCAAAGGGCAUUUUCAUGACUUGUUUGCUGUAUUUUGGAAUGCAUUAUUGUUAUAUCUUUUUCUAUAAGGCUAAAAAUUGCGAAUCUGUUUUAACU